GGGCCGCGGGUUGUGAGAGCCGCCCGGAGCCGGACGGGCUUCAGAGUCGGGCGUUGCAACCGCCGUCGGAACCGCCCUCUCGCCACCUCGGCGGCCAAGGUACCGGCUACCACCGCAAGCGGCGGAGCGCGCCGGGGAGCCGCGCGCCUUUGUGCGAGGCAGAGCCGGCUUCCCUGGGUAGAGGCGACAAACCUGUGUGUGCAUGGUGACGAAGCCCAGAGGACAGACAGGUCAGAGAUGGCAGUCCGCGCACCAAGGCCGGGAGGUGAAGAUAGCCCACUUGAGGAUACUGAUCCCAAAGACUCCUGUCUCAUUCCUAAAAACAUCAUGGCUGAGCCAGACUACAUAGAAGAUGACAAUCCUGAACUAAUUAAGCCCCAGAAGCUAAUCAACCCUGUCAAAACAUCCCGAAACCAUCAAGACCUCCACAGAGAGCUCCUUAUGAAUCAAAAAAGGGGUCUGGCCCCUCAGAAUAAACCAGAGUUGCAGAAGGUGAUGGAGAAGAGGAAACGAGAUCAGGUAAUAAAGCAGAAGAAAGAGGAAGCACAGAAGAAGAAAUCUGACUUGGAAAUAGAACUACUAAAGCGGCAGCAGAAGUUGGAGCAGCUUGAACUUGAGAAGCAGAAACUACAAGAAGAGCAAGAAAAUGCCCCGGAAUUCGUGAAGGUGAAGGGCAAUCUCAGGAGGACAGGCCAGGAGGUGGCCCAGGCCCAGGAGUCCUAGGCCCAAGCUGCCUGUGACCUGGCGUGUCCCCACUGUCACUGGAGGAGCAUGGCUAGGGACCUCGGCAGCGCUCAUCUUGGGCCAAUGUCCCGAGGAAGAGAAUCCAGAUCGCCGAGAACUCUGACUAUUAAAAAGGAUUGGGUUUGAUUUACCAUCAUAUCAUGCUAGAUGACUCGUCUUUGACGGUUGCAAUCCCCAUUCGCCAAAUGAAAGACAUUGACCAGCACACAAGUUAUCAUGGACCUGUGUUUAGAGACUUUAGACAAAGCAAAACACAAAACAAGCCAAGAGAACCAGGGAGUGGACACUGGAAUGUCGCGGGAGGGUUGCGCUACUCAGCUUUUCUUCCCUUUCAAGUGUAGUGGGACAUGGAGCCCUGUUCCUUUAAAAACUAAAGAAAUUGUGUGGAAUCCUUUGGUUAGCUGUUAGAUCAUUUUGAUUGUAUCAAAAUGCAUUUCAUCUGUUACAUGCAGUAUUUGUAUUUCGUUUUGAGAACCCGGAAUGUUCUUCUUUAAUGUAUAUUUCCCCUCACAUUACAAAUUAAGAAUGGAAGAUGUUAGUGUGUCACAUUUAUGUUUAACAAUACCUGUUACCUUGGUUGACACUGAAAUUCAGAAAGGAUAAGAAGUUUUACCAUGUCACCACCCAUUGAGCUUACUCUAAUUUCUCCAGGUUCGCAGAAUGACAUGCCACAUGCUCCUUUCCACUUCCAAGAAGGUACAUCAUGUCUACUCCUCUUGUUUUGAUGACCAGAGGCUUCCUGUUCAGUUUUAAUUGUCAUUUCUUGCUCAACUAUCUUUUUAGAUGAAGCAAUUCCUUAGUUCUUUGGAGGACUAACUAGAGUGUGUAACUCAGCUUCUGUGUCCCACAGAGAGGCCAGAUCUUUUGAGUUGCCUGAGAGCAGUGUAGAGGGGCAUCCAUGAUGACUGAGCCGUGAGGCCAUUAGAUACUGUAUGUGAUGCAAAUAGAGAUUCACUUCUAGGAGGCUUUAGUGGGAGACUUUAUAUUUUUUACAUUUUGAGUAUCUGCGAUUCUUAGCUUUAAACAUUUCUUGUGAAUGAUCACGUGUUUCUCUCCCCCUUUGUUUCUUCUGAAGAACAGCUCUUUGGGCGCGCUCUCAGCAUGAUGCUGUUGGUAAGGAUGGUCUUGACUACUGUGUUGCAUCUCUCAGGAAAAGCUGAGGUGCCGGGCAGAGCUGCUCAGUUUCCUCAUGCUAGCUAGCAUGCUGUUCAAAGAGACACCUAAGUUACAAAUAAUAUGAAAGUUCUCAUGCAAAAUAUAUUUUAUACUGCAGGCAUGGGAGGAAUUUUUUUUGUAUUUAGUACUUCUCCAUAGAGAUGAUUUAACCAGUAAUUUCUACACUGAAGACUUCUAUUUCCUUUCAUGAUGCAUAGAAUGCUGGAUAUAGUGCUUUGGAAUCCUUGAUUAGCACACUAGAUAGUAGCUUUCACUGGGGACACUUCAGUUUGGUAGUUAACAGGCCCAUGUUCCAUCCAAGUUUGAUUAAGCAAAUGGAUGAUAAUUCACUGCUAGAUAGAGAAAUGUGAGAGUUGAUUACAGCAGAAAUGGAUUCUAGGUCUUAUCAGCAAGUGUGAUCUACAUAAAAUAAGAGAUGCUGAAGAUAAAAUUGUUUGCCUUUCAAGACUGGAAUGGUGACAACUUUGUCAUCUCCCUUCUUCUUGAGAAAAGAAAGUUCAUUCCUGAUUGUUGGAAAUAAACGUCUCCGAUGCACAUUGAUUCUUCUUUCUCUCUGUGUAUGGAGUAAUGAUGUCAGGUGUUAGAGUGAAGAUCUGGGACUGGCUCAUACCUUUUUAUCUAACUGGAAGUUAGCUCUUGAGAUGUGUAUCCUGGAAACAGUUCCACUGCUUGACAGGGGUUUUGAGGGCCGAUUCCAUUCCUAAGACUCGUACACCACUGGGGAAAAGUUACCUACAAACGUAUUUCCUUCCUGGUUGCACUCAGACCCGUGAUUUUCCUUGGUGGUUAGUGCUACCCGGUCUGGCCAAAAGAGGACUUGUAAAUAGCACGAAGUGAUGGCUUCUGCUGGGUCCCGGAACAUAUAGGUAGUGAGGCUUUUAGGAGCCUGCAUUUUAAGAUGCCAUCAUUCUUUCUUUGCUCCUAACACUGUAUGGUCUAAACCCCGAGGACUUGUCAGCAUCUGGGCAGUGUUGUGCUUUGAGCCACUUUUAGGGGAAGCAAAAGGCUCCAUUUUUCCACUCUGUAGUUUUCUUAAACUAGAUCUGUGUUUUGUAGUCUCCUGCUAGUAAAGUAGUUUUGCUUUCUAAGCUAUAACAGUUGACUUUAUUCUUCUACUCUGAGAAUCUCGACCUGUUUGAGUGUACAUAAUAUAUAUAAAGGGAGCCUUAAUGGAUUUGUUUUCAUAAUUUAAUAUUUUUUGUAUUUGCUCUUGUAUAAUUGUUUUUUUAAUGGAAAGUAUUACAGAAUCGAGGGUGGAAUUCCUAGAACCAAAGUUAUUCUUAAUAAAAACCACCAAUGCUUGGACCACA